AUGAACCAGACGGCCGGAGUCUCCAACAGCGUCCGCUGCCCCAGCGGCAAAGGAGCCAAGGUAGGGGCAGCGUUGCCUGGGGAAAGUUGUGGUGCAAAGGCGAGCGAGCGAGCGGGCGAGGAGAGGGAGAGAGGAAGGAAGGAGGGCCGGCACCCGCCGCGUAAUGGUCUUCUUGGCUGCUGCUGCCGCCUUCUUUGCGGGACGGCGCAGGGCUUCUACGCCGCCGCCCUGCUGUUUUGCCUGCAGUUUGGGCUCGCCUUUGCCAGAAUGUGUUCAGGUGCCGCGCAGGUCGGGGGGAAACGCCUGUAG